CCGAGGCGGCACCGGUGGCUUCUGGACACUUCGUCCCCCUCCCUUCCCUUCCCCCGUGUUCUCAGUGUGGUUUUCUCGAUCCCACUGUUUGCAAAGCCUGCCUUUGCCUCAGCAUCUCUUUGCCUGAGGCUGGUUCCUGCAUUUCUUGCCUUCGCAAGUCAAUGGAGCUGAGAACAGCACAUGCAAGCUGUAAAGUCAGAUAAGGAAAUGAAUUCCUUCGCAUGACAGUUCUUAGUUUACUUGGCUAAAGCCAAUUCUUAGGUUGACCCGGCAGGAAAGUAAAGAGAGGAUGCUCCACUUUAACCAAUGCCAGCGUCUAAAGCUGAUAACACAGAAAUGUUGUUCUAGUAUGCAUGUUAAAAUGGACAAACACGCAUGGCUGUUUCUUUCAAGAACCUUUGCACUUGCAGAAUUAAGGAAAUCAUGGCAUUCAACCCAUUCUCUUGUUGGAGACAAAAAUAUUGUCCUGAUGGGGCCUCCUGGUGCUGGGAAAACCACAGUGGGCAAAAUAAUUGGUCAGAAACUAGGUCGUUGUGUGAUAGAUGUGGAUGAUGAUAUCCUUGAAAAAAACUGGAAUAUGAAGGCUUCUAAAAAAUUGCAGGAUGUUGGUAAUGAGCAGUUUUUAGAAGAGGAAGGAAAAGCUGUGUUAAACAUGUCAGCAUCUGGAAGUGUCAUUUCCCUCACUGGGUCCAAUCCCAUGCAUGAUGCUAGCAUGUGGCAUCUGAAGAAAAGUGGAAUAAUUAUAUACCUGGAUGUACCUCUAACAGAUAUAAUUAACCGUCUAAAAUUCAUGAACAUAAAGAUGCUCGUAGGCCAGAAUUCUGGAACAUCUAUGAAAGACUUACUUAAAUUUAGAAGACAAUAUUAUAAGAAGUGGUAUGAUGCUCGAGUUUUUUGUGAAAGCGGUGCUACCCCAGAGGAGAUAGCAGAGAAAGUACUAGAUACAGUUAAAAGAUACCAAGCUGUGGAUUCUGAAACAUUCAUUUCAACGAGGCACGUUUGUCUUAAAGACAGUCAACAGAAGGUUUCAACAAAAUUCUUCAGCGAAGCUGUGAUUGAGGGAUUCGCUUCUGAUGGUGGACUCUUUGUUCCAGAAAAGGAGUUCCCCAAAUUAAGCUCUGGCGAGUGGAAAAGCCUAGUAGGAGCAACCUACAUAGAAAGGGCACAAAUACUAUUGGAAAGGUGUAUACAUCCUGCAGACAUUCCUGCUGCCAAGUUGGGAGAAAUGAUUGAAACUGCUUAUGGAGAAAACUUUGCCUGCUCCAAAAUUGCCCCAGUCAGGUACCUUUCAGGCAACCAGUUUAUUCUGGAGUUGUUUCAUGGGCCAACAGGAUCAUUUAAAGAUUUGUCUUUACAGCUUAUGCCUCAUAUUUUUGCAUACUGUAUCCCACCCGGUUGCAACUAUAUGAUCCUUGUAGCUACUUCAGGAGACACAGGGAGUGCGGUCUUAAAUGCUUUUAGCCAUCUGAAUGAGAAUGACAAGCGAAGAAUAGCAGUAAUCACAUUUUUCCCUCACAAUGGACUUAGUGAUUUCCAAAGAGCACAAAUAGUUGGCAGUCAGAGAGAAAAUGUAUGUGCAGUGGGUGUUGAGUCAGAUUUUGAUUUUUGCCAGACAGCUGUAAAAAAAAUUUUUAAUGAUUCUGAUUUUACUGGCUUUCUUAUCAUGGAAUAUGGAACGAUCUUGAGUUCAGCUAAUUCCAUAAACUGGGGCCGACUGCUUCCCCAGGUAGUUUAUCAUGCUUCUGCAUAUCUUGAUCUCGUUAGCCAAGGAUUUAUUUCUUUUGGAAACCCAGUAGAUGUCUGUAUUCCCACAGGAAACUUUGGUAACAUAUUAGCGGCAGUGUAUGCCAAGAUGAUGGGAAUCCCUUUUCGUAAAUUUAUCUGCGCCUCUAAUCAAAACCAUGUUUUGACUGACUUUUUAAAAACAGGACUUUAUGAUCUACGAGAAAGGAAAUUAGCACAAACCUUCUCACCAUCAAUAGACAUUCUCAAACCUUCAAACCUAGAGCGACAUUUAUACUUGGUAGCUAAUAAAGAUGGACAAUUAAUGAUGAAAUUAUUUAAUCAGCUAGAAAACCAGCAUCACUUCCAAAUAGAGAAGAUUCUAGUUGAGAAACUUCAGCGGGAUUUUGUAGCUGACUGGUGCUCCGAGCAAGAGUGCCUGUCAGCUAUAAACUCUACCUACAAUACUUCAGGAUAUAUUUUGGAUCCUCACACUGCUGUUGCAAAAGUGGUUGCAGACAGAAUGCAAGAUAAAACCUGUCCAGUGAUUAUCUCCUCUACAGCUCAUUACUCAAAGUUUGCACCUGCCAUCAUGCAGGCCUUAAAGAUUGAAGAAAUCAGCCAAACUACAUCUAGCCAGCUUUAUUUACUGGGUUCCUACAAUGCCUUACCUCCACCACAUGAAGCGCUAUUGGAGAGAACCAAACAUCAUGAGAAGAUGGAGUACCAGGUGUGUGCAGCUGAUGUGAACGCCCUGAAGAGUCACGUGGAGAAACAAAUCCAAAUCCAAUUCAUAGGAAAGGUUUCCGAAUAGAGCACUUUUCCCCUUGGUAAUAAGCAUGCAAUAAUAAAUGUCAGCUGUUGA